CACGCAGCUGAGGCGGUGGAGGCGGUGGCGGCCAUUUUGGAGCAGGGCGCGGGGCCGGACGCAGCGGAGGGAGCGCAGAGCCCCCCCCUCGCCGCUAUGGCAGCCCCGCUCGGUACCGGCGCCUUCACGGAGGAGACCGGGCAGGAAAAACAGGACUGUCAGGAGAAGGACAAAGGCAUUUCCCCUGAGAGGGCAGAGGAGGCCAAGCUCAAGGCCAAAUAUCCCAACCUGGGCCAGAAACCUGGGGGCUCUGAUUUCCUCAUGAAGAGGCUGCAGAAAGGGCAAAAAUACUUCGAUUCUGGCGACUACAACAUGGCCAAGGCCAAGAUGAAGAACAAGCAGCUGCCCAGUGCAGGGCCUGACAAGAACCUGGUGACAGGAGACCACAUCCCCACGCCCCAGGACCUGCCCCAGAGGAAAUCCUCCCUGGUCACCAGCAAGCUGGCAGGGUAGCUGCACUCCCAGCUGGGGGCUGCCCUCUUUUUUGUCUCUAUUUUUUUUUUUUUUGGUUUUUUUUUGGCUAAAUGGAUUGAACUUCACUGUACCAUAGGGAUGGGAGCAGCAGAAUCCACGUAGUUUGUUUGAGUCUUUGCAGCAAACACACCCCAAAGGUGACUUGGGGGAGGGCAGGGUUGGGCUGGCCCUUCCUCCCAGAGAGGCUUUGCCUUAAUUUUGCUGCUGUUUGGCACCAUCGUGGCUCUCAGAGGCACUGGAGCUGUGCCCCCUUGCUGGCUGGGACAGCCCCAGAGGGGGCACCUGGAGGAGGGCACAGGGCAGGGCUGAGGGGUGGGAAAGGGAUUGCAGGGCUUGGGGAAGCAGAGAUUGAGCCAGCUGGGCAGGAGAGUGGUCCCAGAUGUGGAAAUGGUGAUCCCAGAUGUGGAAAUGGUGAUCCCAGAUCUGGAAAUUGUGAUCCUAGAUAUGGAAAUCGUGAUCCCAGAUGUGGAAAUGGUGAUCCCAGAUGUGGAAAUUGUGAUCCCAGAUCUCACAGGUGUGAUCCCAGAUCUGCAAAGCGUGAUCCCAGAUAUGGAAGAUGUGAUGCCAGAUGUGGAAAUUGUGAUCCUAGAUCUGGAAAGUGGGAUCCCAAAUUUGGAAAGUGUAAUCCCAGAUAUGGAAGUUGUGAUCCCAGAUAUGGAAAUUGUGAUCCCAGAUCUGAAAAGUGAUCCUAGAUUUGGAAAGAGUGAUCUCACAUCUCACAGGUGUGUUCCCAGAUCUGGAAAUUGUGAUCCCAGAUCUGGAAAUUGUGAUCCUAGAUAUGGAAAUGGUGAUCCCAGAUCUGCAAAGAGUGAUUUCAGUUCUGCAAAGAGUGAUCCCAGAUGUGGAAAUUGUGAUCCCAGAUCUGAAAAGUGAUCCCAGAUGUGGAAAUGGUGAUCCCAGAUUUGGAAAGAGUGAUCCCACAUCUCACAGGUGUGAUCCUAGGUCUGCAAAAAAUGAUCCUAGAUUUGGAAAUUGUGAUCCCAGAUGUGGAAAUUGUGAUCCCAGAUUUGGAAAGAGUGAUUCCAGCUCUGCAAAGAGUGAUCCCAGAUAUGGAAAGUGAUUUCAGCUCUGGAAAUUGUGAUCCUAGAUUUAGAAAGUGCGGUCCCAGACUUGUAAAGUGGGAUCUUAAAUUUGGAAAGUGUGAUCUCAGACGUGGAAGUUGUGAUCCCAGAUCUGCAAAGAGUGAUCCCAAAUCUCACAGGUGUGAUCCCAGGUCUGAAAGUGUGCUCUCAGACCUGGAAAUUGUGAUCUCAGACCUGGAAAUUGUGUUCCCAGGUCUCACAGAUGUGAUCCCACAUCUCACAGGUGUGAUCCCAGCCCUGAAGGCACAGUCAGCUGUGAGCUUGAGAGCUUCAAAGUGAAGAAAUUGGCUGAGAUGAAAAAAAAAAUAUAUAUAUAUUUUUUUAAAUCUCAGGAUAAUAAACACCAGGAGCAGGGGUGGUGUUGGGCUGAGCUGAGAUCUGUCCCUGGCUCAGCUCACAAGGGAGACAACAUCUAACAUUUCCAGAGGGGCUGGGGCAGGGUUUGAAACAUCUCGGGGUGCUCUGGGGGUAGAGCCCCAACCUCAGCUGGAGGAGCUUGGCUGAAUUUGGUCAGAAGGAUAAAAGCAGAGGAACUUGGAUGAAUUUGGCUAAAAGGAACAAAACCAGAGGGGUUUAACUGAAUUUGGAUAAAGGAACACAACCAGAGGGGCUUGACUGAAUUUGGACAGAAGGAUAAAACCAGAGGGGUUUGACUGAAUUUGGACAGAAGGAUAAAACCAGAGGAACUUGGAUGAAUUUGGCUAAAAGGGACAAAACCAGAGGGGUUUGACUGAAUUUGGAUAAAGGAACACAACCAGAGGAGUUUGACUGAAUUUGGUCAGAAGGAUAAAACCAGAGAGGCUUGGCUGAAUUUGGACAGAAGGAUAAAACCAGAGGGGUUUGACUGAAUUUGGAUAAAGGAACACAACCAGAGGGGUUUGACUGAAUUUGGACAGAAGGACAAAACCAGAGGGGUUUGACUGAAUUUGGUCAGAAGGAUAAAACCAGAGGGGUUUGACUGAAUUUGGUCAGAAGGAUAAAACCAGAGGGGUUUGACUGAAUUUGGCUAAAAGG